CCCGAGGUCUCGGACAAAAAAAAAAAAACACAGUUUUCAUAAACCGAAUUUCUAUUUUUUUUUGUUGACUCGGGAAAAAUCGGCGUGAGUUUUUAUGGCCGAACGUCAAGGUCUGGACUGCUGCAUUUUUUUAAGGGAACACUAUUUUCGCAGCACUCGUCGUAAUGACUUCGUAUAAAAAAGAAAAUCUACCUGAGUUUUAUGACUGGACAGCGCGAAAAAAAUGAAAAUGAACGCAUAGGGUUGCAUAAUCCGGCAGAUUAAGUUUUUUGGCCUGUUGUGAUCAUAAAAAACGCCCAUCCUGCCGAGUUUUCCACAGUUUCGUAUAAAUAUCCUGGGCUGCUUAGAGUCGAGCAUCAGUUGCUCAGCAGCAUUCCAAGCGCACAGAUCACACAGCGACAAAUCGUCACAGCGAUCGUGAGAAAAUCACUCAAUAUUCCGACAAAAAUCAGUACAACAACAUGGUGUUCAACUUGAUGAACCAGACAUGCAAAGUGUGCGGCGAGCCGGCGGCGGGCUUCCAUUUUGGCGCCUUCACCUGCGAGGGCUGCAAGUCCUUCUUUGGCCGAUCGUACAACAACAUCAGCACUAUUAGCGAGUGCAAGAACGAGGGCAAGUGCAUCAUCGACAAGAAGAACCGCACCACCUGCAAGGCGUGCCGCUUGAGGAAGUGCUACAACGUGGGCAUGUCGAAGGGAGGAUCCCGCUACGGUCGCCGCUCCAACUGGUUCAAGAUCCACUGUCUGCUGCAGGAGCACGAACAGGCGGCAGCGGCUGCCGGCAAGGCGCCCCCCUCGGCGGGUGGUGUCACGGUGGGUGGUGGUCCGUCGGCCUCCUCGCCCGUGGGCUCACCUCACACCCCCGGCUUUGGGGAUAUGGCCGCCCAUCUGCACCACCACCAUCAGCAGCAGCAGCACCAGCAACAGCAGCAACAGCAGGUGCAGCGCCACCCACACAUGCCCCUGCUGGGCUAUCCCAGCUAUCUGCCCGAUCCCGCCGCCGCCCUGCCCUUCUUCAGCAUGAUGGGGGGCGUGGCCCCGCACCAGUCGCCCUUCCAGCUGCCCCCGCACCUCCUCUUCCCCGGCUACCAUGCCAGUGCCGCCGCCGCAGCCGCCUCGGCCGCGGAUGCCGCCUACCGCCAGGAGAUGUACAAGCACCGCCAGAGCGUGGACUCCGUGGAGUCGCAGCACCGCUUCAGCCCCGCCAGCCAGACGAUGCCGCCGGUGCAGCCCAGCCCCUCGGCCCGCCAGUCGCCCAUCGACGUCUGCCUGGAGGAGGAUGUCCAGUCGGUGCACAGCCACCAGUCGUCCGCCAGCCUGCUGCAUCCCAUUGCUAUCCGCGCCACGCCCACCAGCAGCCCCCUGAGUUUUGCGGCCAAGAUGCAGAGUCUGUCGCCGGUAUCGGUGUGCUCCAUUGGUGGCGAGACCACCAGCGCUGCCCCAGUGCACCCGUCAUCCACAGUCACCUCCACAGCCCAGGAAGGACCCAUGGAUCUGAGCAUGAAGACAUCGCGCAGCUCGGUGCACAGCUUCAACGACAGCGGCUCCGAGGAUCACGAGCUGGAGGUGGCUCCCCGGCGCAAGUUCUACCAGCUGGAGGCCGAGUGCCUGACCACCACCAGCAGCAGCAGUUCCUCCCACUCCGCCCACACCGCCGCCCAUGCAGAGGUCAAGCGGCAGAAGUUGGCCGGUGCGGAGGCCACCCACUUUGGUGGCUUUGCGGUGGCCCACAAUGCGGCCAGUGCCAUGAGGGGCAUUUUCGUGUGUGUCUAAGGAGACGUGACCACCAUCCAUCCACCAUCUGCCAACUCCAUGGCAGAGCUUCAACCACAGUGGCUCCGAGCAUCAGGAGCACCACCACCCAUGCGGAGGUCAAGCGGCAGAAGUUAGGCGGUGCGGAGGCACUUUCGUGUGUGUCCAAGUACACGGCGAAAAACUCCAAGUGGGAGGAGCCGCCUUCGUUGUUUUUUUUUUGUUUGUUUGUUA